AUAUUCACGGAGAUCAGGAGUUCAGAAGCAAUAUCCCUGCUCUCUCUCUCUCUCUCUCUCUCUCGCCAAGUCCCAACCAACCACGCUGCGUCCAACUCUGUUUCUGGGAUCGCUCUCCCACCACAGAUUUAUAGAUUUUUUUUUUCCUUUUUUGUUGCCUCUGCCCACCUCAUCAGCUUGCUACAGAAAUCUUAAUGCUAUCCAAUUUAAGAGAGAAAAAUCGAGAGAGGGAGCGUUGAGAAAGCAUUCGUAUCGCUCGGAUUUGGUCCAUAAUCUUCAGAAAGAAGAAAGAAAGUAGUUUGACUCAAUUGAAGAAGAUAUGGUGAAUUUGGGGUCAUAUUCUGGAAAGAAGUCCUUGAGUACAGUGACUUUACUCUUCAAACUACCAUAUUAUACCCAGUGGGGGCAGAGCCUGCUCAUUUCUGGCUCUGAAGCAGUGCUAGGAUCUUGGAAUGUGAAGAAGGGUCUGGUUUUAAGUCCAUUUCAUCAAGGCAAUGAACUUAUCUGGUGUGGAAGAAUUGCUGUCCCCAUUGCUUUUACAUGUGAAUACAGUUACUAUUUGGUGGAUGACGACCGGAAUGUUUUGAGAUGGGAGGGAGGGAAGAAGCGAAACUUAAUCCUGCCUGAAGGAAUUCUGGAAGGAGAGGUAGUGGAAAUUCAUGAUCUGUGGCAGAACGCUUCAGAAGCUCUCUUCCUCAGAAGUGCUUUCAAAAAUGUCAUCUUUGGUGGAGAUAAGAACCUGGAAGCAGGAACAUAUUCUGGGUUUCUUCAGACAAACUGGGAACGGAAAGAUUCCAUUGUUGUCCAAUUUGUGAUUAGCUGCCCAUAUUUAGAAGUUGGAUCAUCUGUUUGUGUUACUGGUAGCGUGCUGCAAUUAGGACAGUGGAAGGUUCAAGGUGCACUGGAACUUAUCUAUGCAGGAGGAUCUACAUGGAUAGCAGAUUGUUUAAUGCGAAAAGAUGACUUCCCGAUAAAUUCCACGUACAAGUAUUGCCGAGUUAGCAAAGUGCAAGGUGCUUCUUUGGAAGUUGGCCCUAACAGGGAGCUCGCUGUUGACUUGGCCUCAGAAUCUCCACCAAAUUAUAUUAUAUUAUCUGAUGGUACCUUCCGGGAAACGCCAUGGAGGGGUGCUGGUGUUGCCAUACCAAUGUUCUCCGUUAGGUCCAAUGAUGACCUUGGAGUUGGAGAGUUUCUCGAUCUAAAAUUACUUGUUGAUUUGGCUGUGGAUUCAGGCUUUCAUCUUGUUCAACUCUUGCCAGUAAAUGAUACUUCAGUCCAUGGGAUGUGGUGGGACUCAUAUCCCUACAGCUCUCUCUCUGUAUUUGCAUUGCAUCCCUUGUAUCUGAGAGUACAAGCACUUUCAGAAAACAUUCCAGAAGAGAUAAAGCAAGAGAUCUCAAGGGAAAAAGAGAAGCUGAAUCAAAAGAAUGUUGAUUAUGAGGCUACAAUGGCUGCUAAAUUAUCUAUUGCAAAAAAAGUAUUCAAUCUGGAAAAAGAUAAAAUUCUUGAUUCCAGCUCCUUCAAGAAAUUCUUCUCUGAGAAUGAGGAAUGGCUGAAACCCUAUGCAGCAUUUUGUUUUUUGAGGGACUUCUUUGAGACAUCAGAUCAUACCCAAUGGGGUCGAUUUUCUCAUAUUUCCAAAGAAAAGCUUGAGAAACUUGUUUCAAAGGACAGUUUACACUAUGAUGUUAUAAGCUUUCAGUACUAUGUUCAGUUUCAUCUGCAUUUACAAUUAUCUGAAGCAGCAGCCUAUGCAAGGAAGAAGAAAGUAGUCUUGAAAGGAGAUUUACCAAUAGGUGUGGACAGGAAUAGUGUGGAUACUUGGGUAUAUCCUAAUUUAUUUCGUAUGAACACAUCUACUGGAGCACCUCCAGAUUAUUUUGACAAAAAUGGACAAAAUUGGGGUUUUCCCACAUACAAUUGGGAGGAAAUGUCAAAAGAUAACUAUGCAUGGUGGCGAGCACGAUUGUCACAGAUGGCAAAAUAUUUCACGGCCUAUAGAAUAGAUCAUAUCUUGGGUUUCUUUAGAAUAUGGGAGCUUCCUGAUCAUGCUGUUACUGGUUUAGUUGGAAAAUUCCGUCCAUCCAUUGCUUUGAGCCAGGAGGAGCUUGAGAGGGAAGGCAUUUGGGAUUUCAAUCGCUUGAGCCGUCCAUAUAUCCGGCAAGGAAUUUUACAGGAUAAAUUUGGAUCCUUUUGGACUGUUAUUGCUGCAAACUUUUUGAAUGAAUAUCAAAAGCUCUGCUAUGAGUUCAAGGAAGACUGCAAUACAGAGAAGAAAAUUAUUGCCAAGCUUAAAUACAGUCCUGAGAAGUCAUUGUGGUUGGAUAAAGAAGACAAGAUACAGAAAGACCUUUUUGAUCUUCUACAGAAUAUAGUUCUUAUUAGAGAUCCUGAUGACUCGAGAAAAUUUUAUCCUCGUUUCAAUCUUGAAGAUACGUCCAGUUUUAAAGAUUUAGAUGAACACAGUAAAAAUGUUCUCAAAAGAUUGUACUAUGAUUACUAUUUCUGCCGGCAAGAAACUCUUUGGCGUCAAAAUGCACUGAAGACUCUGCCUGUCCUAUUGAACUCAUCAGAUAUGUUGGCUUGUGGAGAGGAUCUUGGCCUUAUUCCUUCCUGUGUUCAUCCAGUCAUGCAGGAACUAGGGUUAAUAGGUUUACGUAUUCAGAGAAUGCCAAGUGAGCCAGACCUAGAAUUUGGUAUUCCAUCUCAGUAUAGCUACAUGACGGUAUGUGCUCCAUCAUGCCAUGACUGCUCCACUUUGCGUGCUUGGUGGGAAGAAGAUGAAGAGAGAAGAUGCCGUUAUUACAAGACUGUGGUUGGAUGCAAUGAUGUGCCCCCUUCUUGUUGCACCCCAGAAGUAGCAUACUUCAUCAUUCAGCAGCACUUUCAAGCUCCAUCAAUGUGGGCAAUCUUCCCACUUCAGGACUUGCUGGCAAUGAAAGAGGAAUACACAACUAGACCAGCAGUAGAGGAAACAAUCAACGACCCCACAAACCCAAAGCAUUAUUGGCAAUACCGUGUACAUGUGACAUUAGAGUCCUUGUUGGGUGACGAGGAUCUAAAGACAACCAUAAAAGAUAUUGUGAGAAGUAGUGGGAGAUCAUUUCCUGUGACUGUAGGGUCUGACAUGCAAGAGAACGAAAACAAUAUUGCAUGCUCGGUGAAGAAGCAAAUUAAAAAUGAGCAGGAAAAGAUUUCUAUGGUCCAUUUAAAUGAUAAUGCAUAGAACAGAAGCCUGUGAUUCUAUGCCGUCCUGCUUCCUUCUCUUUUCUAAGCUAUAAUGUAGAAUGUUCAUAUAAAGUAGUCAGUACAAGCCAAAUGCUUUAUCUUUUAGAUGAUCCAGAUGGCCCUAAUUCUGGCAUACAUUUUUAUAGAAUUAAUGCAGUAUGCACCAGAUAAAUAAUUUGAAUUUGUCUCAUCAAACAUCUACAAUGAAUAUCUCCCUGUCAAUUUUUUAAUUCUCUUUUGUUUCA